AUGCCAAACGAACUAACACGCCCGAUAAUCGUUCCUUUGACGACAGUCCAGGCAGACUGGACUGAAGUAGUCUCUGACGUUGUUCGAGGAGUAAUUGCUUCAGGAUCCUUCUGGUGCGUUAAUGUAGGAAGACAAUCUGUUCAUGGCUCUGUAACUAUCAGAAAGAACCAAGAGGAUCCGAUGACGGUUGAUUUUAUUGGUAAUGACGGCUUGGAAGUAACGAGAGUGACUAAUUAUUCGUUUGCAAUAACUUGCGAACAACUUGGUAUCAAUGGAUCCAUUGUCAAGGGCCCUAAAGCAACCAAGAAAAUACACGAUUCAUCAGUCACUGCAAUGGAUAUAUCGCCUGGUGGAGCACUAUUUGUUACUGGGGAUGAGAAGGGUUUAAUUAAAGUUGGCGAUGCGAAAUCUGGAACGACAAGGCGCGAAUUAGUUGGCCACGUGGCUGGUAUUGGUACCUGUAGAUUCUUUCCAUCAGGACAAGUGGUAUUGAGCGGCUCAUCAGAUUUUCAACUAAGGAUCUGGUCCGUUCUUGAUGGCAGUAAUCCGGUUACUCUCAAAGCGCAUACAAAAGGAAUUACCGAUUCUGCUAUAAUAGAUCGAGGAAGAAAUGUUCUCUCUUCGUCAAGAGAUGGAACAAUUCGACUGUGGGAGUGUGGAUCGGCCAGUGUUAUCCGGACUCUUGGAAACUACAACGUGGUAGUGAACAAUAUCGCAUUAGGAAGUGUUGCCAGUGACAUCAGGAAUUGGGAAAACAAGGAAGCUGACAUUGAUUCACGCGAAGUUGCAACUGAUGACAAAAUCAUUUGCUGUGCACUCGAAAAUGGCAUAAUUUCCGUUAUUGAUUUAAGGAGUAAAGAUGAAGCGUUUUCCAUAAAUUCCUAUCGUAACACGGCAUUGUAUGCCUGCGCAUAUGAUGGUCGAUACGCAGCGGUCAGUGGAUCUGCAGAGGGAGUUAUAGAACUAUACGAUAUCAGAAACCCAAGUAUAAGCACGUUCGCCCUUCAACGAAAGGAUGCUCCCAUAUAUGACAUUGGUUUUAUCAACAAGUCCAGUAUUCUUGUUGCACCAGGCGAUGGAACAGCAUUCCAAUUUGCGCUUGAUACCCUUCCGACCAUGUCAAGCGCAGCACACGAAUUUGUUGGGUUCGAUGUCGAUCCUAUAUACUCUAUUCGAACUGUAGAUAGUGGGCAAUCAAUUUAUGCUGUUGGAAGAGAUGGAUGCCUGAGAAGUUUCUGA